AUGCCUCAGGCCGUGACCAAGAGGACCGAGGUGCAGAGCAGGCAGGCAGGAUCAGAGAGCCCCAUUGAAUUCCUCUCCUGUCUCGUCAACUGCUUACUGGAUGACCUAACGCCGGUGUGUGGUUUAUGUAGAUCAGAGCAGCUUCACGGAGGCGCCCCAAGAUCUCCAGCCGAAGCCUUCAGCCUCUUCGUCGGCCAAAAAGACACCAAGGUUUACUGCGGCAAGAGGAGCGUCACCCUCAGCAGUAACGUGACGGAAUCCUUCAGAGAUUUGACAUUAACUGUGACCGCUACCCGGGCUUGGCUCCUCGAGGAGCUCUUCCAGCAGCACUUCCGCACUCAGAGCAUAGAGUGGCACUGCAGGCACUGCGAGAUCCGCCAUUCUUGCAUCUACGAGACAACGGCCGUGAAUUUGCCAAGAGUCCUGCUGCUAAACUUGAAUCGAGUGUACCAUGGAGGCGUAGACAAGACCCGUGUGGUUUUCCCGCCAGUGCUACAGUUACGGGGAAACAGUCCUUACAUGACGACGGCGAAGGGAGGAGCUGAGGCGUGUUAUUCCCUCCGAGGCGUCUGCAGCCGAAGGACCCCAUGGACCCACCCUCCUUCCUCCUCCUUCGCGGCCGCCUGCAGGAGGUCGAACGGGAGGGGCUGGUUUAUUUACAGCGAGGUUGACGGAGAGGAAGACCCACAACUAUAG